UGGUAAGCUUGAUACUACGCCCCCGAUUCACCCAUCUGAGCGAGGCUAGCUGUUAGCUUCAACUGUCAAGACGGCGACAUGAGUUUCCUGGGAGGCUUAUUUGGACCUGUAUGUGAGAUUGAUGUGGUGCUGAAUGAUGCAGAAAACAGAAAAACAGCUGAGUUGAAGACAGAAGAUGGAAAGCUGGAGAAACACUACCUUUUCUACGAUGGAGAAUCGGUGUCGGGCAAGGUGAAUUUAAAUGUAAAGCAGGGAGGAAAGCGACUGGAGCAUCAGGGUAUUCGCAUCGAGUUUGUUGGACAAAUAGAGCUGUUCUCUGAUAAGAGCAAUACCCAUGAGUUUGUGGACUUGGUGAAAGAACUGGCUUUGCCCGGAGAACUCACCCAGAACAGAAGCUACGACUUUGAGUUCAUGCAAGUGGAGAAGCCCUAUGAGUCCUACACUGGAGCUAAUGUCAGGCUAAGAUAUUUUCUCAGGGUGACGAUAGUUCGUCGUCUGUCUGACUUGGUGAAGGAAUACGAGUUAAUUGUCCACCAGUUAGCUACCUACCCAGAUGUCAACAACUCCAUCAAAAUGGAGGUCGGCAUAGAAGACUGUCUUCACAUUGAGUUUGAAUAUAAUAAGUCCAAAUAUCACCUGAAGGAUGUGAUUGUUGGGAAGAUUUACUUCCUGUUGGUCAGGAUCAAGAUCCAACACAUGGAGCUCCAGCUCAUUAAGAAGGAAAUUACUGGCAUUGGUCCUAGCACAACCACAGAAACGGAGACGGUUGCAAAGUAUGAGAUCAUGGAUGGGGCUCCAGUAAAAGGAGAAUCCAUUCCAAUCAGACUCUUCCUGGCAGGAUACGACCUGACUCCCACCAUGAGGGACGUCAACAAGAAGUUCUCAGUACGUUUCUUCCUCAAUCUGGUGCUGGUGGAUGAGGAGGACCGAAGAUACUUUAAACAGCAGGAGAUUGUGUUGUGGAGAAAAGCUCCCGAGAAGCUGCGGAAAAGAAACUUUCACCAGCGCUACGAGUCGCCUGAGCCCCGAAACCAGCCAGCCAAUGCAGAGCAGCCAGAGAUGUGAUGUGGCCGCUCUAUGAACUGAAAAUCUACGCAGUCGCAUCAUCACAGCUCUUCACUGCUGAGCAGCCAGAGGUGUGAGGGCUGCCCCACUCUUUCCAUGGACUGAGAAAUGUCUCUAAACAUUAAUGCACAUAACGUCCUCAACAUUUUCAAACCACCUGCCCCAUACGCCCCCGCCCCCCAUCACCACCAC